AUGGCACGUCUAACCUCCCAACAACGUGAACACGCCAUCGGACGAUUAAAUUCUGGACAACGUUCUCAAGUCAGUGCCAAUGCAUUUAAUUGGAGUCUACGAACCAUUGAGAGAUUUCGGUUUCGUUACAACACCACCAACAGCACUGAUGACCGUCCACGUAGUGAUCGUCCCCGAGUCACAACACCAAGACAGGAUAGCUUUAUUCUGCAGCAACAUCUGCAUGACAGAUUCAUCACAGCGGCACAGAUGGCAGAGUAUGAGGGUGGCGAAGAAGAAGUGAACGUUUUACAGAACAGUGUAUGGUUGAAAGAGACCUGUGGGGAGGACCAAUCUUGGCAGACAGAUGGCAGAGUACGAGUGUGGCGAAGAAGAAGUGAACGUUUUACAGAACAUAAAAUGCCGGCAAGUAAAGUUAAAAACGAAACAGCUAAUUUGAUUGCGUCUAAUCUGGGGGAUCAGGUUGAUGAAUUGAGAGGAAAACUUCAUCUAAUAGAAAGAGAUGCCAAAGCCUGCUACGAAACAUCAGAAGCCACAAAGGCUGAAAAUGAAGCUAUGAUAAGUAAAUUAAGGGCAGAGAACAAAUAUAAAAGAUUAGCUAUAGCUCAUAGUAUUCAGGGUGACAAACAUGUAAUCAAGUCAGUGUUUCAAGAGAGAAAAGAGGAAUUAUUGUCUUUGAAAAGACGUUCAGCACAGAAAGCCAUCAGUGAAAUGGAUCAAAAGUCUUGUGAAUCAAACAAAGUUUUAAAUGAAUUGAAAUAUCAAAGGUCACAAAAAGAAAAUAAACUGGAGGAAUUACAACUAAAGCUAAGUCAAAUUUUGAAAGUUAGCACCGGAGAUGUCGAUUUGGAUCAUGAAAGACUAUUUCGACGUCUACAAAAUGAUCGUGAUAAAUCGAGAAUUAAGUAUGAAGCUGCCAGAAACAUCACUAGAAGAUACGAAGAGAUCUUACAGAUAUUGACCGAGGAAUGUCGUAUGUUUCCAUCUAAAUUAGAUGUAAUGGUACAAAUGGUGAAUGACGCCAGAAGGGAACACGCUGAUUUAAAAAGAAUGAAUAAAAAAGCGAUAUCAAGCAAUGAAGAAUCUCGGACAGAUCUGAUGGCAUUAGAAAGAGAGAUGUAUCAAGCCAGAAGAACAAGAGAUCAACAAUUAACAGAGACCAGGAGAGACGUAGAGAGAAGGAAAGAACCAGUAGAGAUGAGAAACGAUAAGAGAGUAAAAGUACCAAAUCUUACUGAUAAUAAUGAUCGUGUUGCUAAGCAUCAAGCAAUGAAAGCCGCUAAACAUGAAAAGAUUUUAACUUUAGAAACAGCUUUUGAGAAGAUCAAACAGGCAAUCAACGUAUCAGAUAUAAAGGAUGUAAUAUUCAGAUUUAGCAACCAAGAUGACACAAGAGAAAGACUUGUUCAACAGAAGAAAGAUAAGAUGGUCCAGAAAUCUAAGCUUGGUGAGGAACUUGAAAAACAGAAGAAGACAUUCGAAGAGCUCAAAUUCACCAGUCAGAGGCAAGCUCAAAAAGGACGCCAGCUUGUCGAUAACAUGGAAGAUGUUGCACUUAAGGAAAAAGAGAAACGGGAAGCAGCUAUGUCAGAAAUGACCAAGAAAGAGAAAUUGCUCAUUGAUUUACAGAAUGGUAUUUCAACAUUAUUUGAAAAACUGAAAGAUAUAAAACUAAAGCCUCCAUACCAUAACUACAGUACAACAGAUCCUGUAGAGGAUUUAACCAAUUGUGAAAGAAAAUUAGAAUCUUUAACUGAGAAAAUUAAUUUUGAGAAGAGUGUUGGUGUUACUUUGAAAAAUGCAAACAAUAAAAGGCUUCAAGAGUUCCUGGAGUUGAAGCUACCAUCAGAUAAUGUUCGUGUUAGAUUAGAUGAAGAAGAUGUUAGUGACAGUGAUGAUUUCCAUUUUGAUCAUGAUCAAGAUAAUGAAGGUUAUGUUUCUAGAGAAGAUUGUAAAAGAAUGGGACAAGAGAUACUGGGAACAAAGAUUAAACCAAAGAAACGCAAAGCCAAGAAACCCAAGAAAAGUUAAUGGACAUACAGAACACAUCCGGACAUUUUGAUAAAAGAUAUUUAGCCGUUUUUUGUAUAUUCCAUGUGGCUGUGGAUUUUUUGUAUAUCUUUAUAAUUUUACAUAUAUUUUGAUAUUCUAUAAUUUAUAAAUGUAUACAAUAAAUAAAUAUAAUUGUAAUAGAC